UUAGGGCAUAACUGACCAAGGGGAGACACACAACAGCGGUUUCAUUCUCAAAUCUCUCCCCCAAGCUUGUUGGUAGAAGGAGAAGAAGAUGACAUCGGAUGAUGCUAAAGCUGUGAAGAAAGAGGAAGAUGAGGACGACAACAAGAGCUUGGGUUCCUUGGUCAGGAAGAAGCCCUCAAACGCCAACAAUGCAGGUUCGUCAGCUUCGAGGAAAUUGAAGAAGGACGACGAUGAUGAUGAUGAUAACAAACCCAUCAAGUCAUCUUUAUCUGGGUCUCGUCCAAAGCCUGUUAAGAAGAAGGAGAUUGAUCAAGACGACGACGACGAUGAGAAGCCUCUUUCCAAGAGGAGUUCCUCUCUUGUUGGCGUCUCAAAAGAGAAAGAGUUGAAGAAAAAGAAGAUGGAGAAAGAGAAAGAAGAAGAAGAGGCAAAGAAGAAGAAGAAGACAGUUAAAGAAGAAGGAGAAGUGAAGAAGAAGAAGAAGGAGAAGAAAGUGUAUGAUUUGCCUGGUCAGAAGAGAGACCAACCUGACGAGAGAGAUCCACUUAGGAUUUUCUACGAGUCACUUCACAAUCAAGUCCCAACUAGCGAAAUGGCUAAGAUUUGGUUGAUGGAGUCAGGGUUGCUUCCAGCUGCAGAGGCAAAGAAAGUUCUUGAGAAGAAGUUGCAAAAGACUGGAAAGUUCAGCUCUCCAACCAAAUCUGCAGCUUCCACCCCAAGAAGCGUCUCCAAAUCAGCAGUGACCGAGAAGAAGGAAGUUAAAAAACCAGCAUCUGAAGCUUUGUCAGGCAAAAAGAAAGGAAAUGAUUCGAAGAAGCGGAAGAAGGAUUCUGAUUCUGAUGAUGACGAAUCUGACGAUGAUGAUUUCGUGGCUAGCAGAGUCUCUAAUAAGAAGGCAAGAGCCAAGUAGUUGGAAAUUUAAAGACUCAGACAUCUCGUUCCCUGAUUUGAAACAAUCUAAUUGUGUUUCGAAAUUGAAUUCUGUAAGAGUAAUGGCAGAGUUUUGUUUCUAGUCUAUUUAACUGGCUCAUUCUUCAGGUGUUCUCUUUCACCAUUGGUAACUCUAGUUAUUUUAUCAAAACCUUAAUAUGUGUGUUCCUUUGUACACUUCUAAACUCUUAUUAUAAGAGUUGUUGUUGAUGACCGUUUAUUAAAAAUGAUUUAACUUGAAGUUGGUUGAA